AUGUUCGCUCCAUUAUUAUCCCGUUUUCUUCUCUUUUAUUCUUUGAUCAUCCUGUCUACGCUUUUGCAGACUUUUGCCAGUCCCGUUCCUGGUGCUCCAAUUGCGGUUAGAGGUCCACGGACAAUAAAGAUUACCAAACCGUUUACUGUAGAAUCGACUGAUCCUGGUCAGAAUGUUGUUAGCAUACAGUCCGAUGAUGGUACUCCUUCAUUGAAUGGACCUCCGAGAGAUCAAAAGAUUAAAAAUCAUGGCGGCCGUGUUCUCACAAACGAUGUUAAUGUCUAUUAUAUCUAUUACGGAUCUUGGCAGAGAAAUGACCAGAAAAUUCUAGAAUAUUUAAUGAACAACAUUGAUACAACAAGUUAUUAUAAAAUUGUUACGUCUUACUAUGAUAGGUCCCGAAAUCCCGUCAAUGGUAACCUCAACCUUGCCGGCACAUAUGCCGAUGAUUACUCGGUUGGCAAAAAUAUCACUGACGAUACCAUGCUCAAUGUUGUCGCAAACGCAAUACAGAAAGCUAAUUGGCCAUUGGAUCAAACUGCCGUUUAUUAUAUUCUCGGAAGCGCGGACGUGAAUCAUACGUCCGGCUUUUGUUCAGACUUUUGCGGAUUUCACACUUAUGAUACCAUACGUGGUAAAACCAUCAAAUAUGCAUUUGUUGGUACGCCUACCAACUGUCUUGAUGGAUGCGCUCCAUUACAAUCGGGCGGAGUAUCUCCAAAUAACAAUCCUGCUAUUGAUGGAAUGGCCAGUGUUAUUAUGCACGAACUGGUUGAAACUGUUACUGACGGAGAAUAUAAUGCUUGGUAUGAUGACGCUGAUUAUGAGGCAGCUGACAAAUGUGUCUGGAAUUACGGUGGUAGUGAAUUUAUUAAGAGCGCUAGUAAUGGAGGUUUAUAUAACGUAGUUGUUGGAUCAAAGAAAUUUCUCCUUCAAGAAUUGUGGCAUACCCAAAAAAACUGUACUCUUUCUGGUUGA